UCCUCUGCGGCCAUGUCCCUCGCCUCCCCCUUCGAGGUGGCGCGAUCCACACACGAAGAAGCAGAGCGCUACGAGGCUGCUCUUGCUUCAAUCCUCAACACCCUCCCAUCAUCUUCGACGGCUCCUCCUACCAGACAGAGCAUUAAGAAUGCGCACCUCGCCUCCCUCCUCGCAGACCGCAUCGUCUCUCGCAAUGACACGCUGCGUGGCUUUUAUGCAGACGAGACGGGCGUCAAGAAGGAGGAGCUGACUGCGCUCGCUUCAGGCGUGCAAAACGCUGAGGCGUCAUCAUCAUCAUCAUCCAGUAUGGAAUCGUCAAUGUCCCUCUUCUACUCGCGACUCAACCACAUCCGGCAGUACCAUGAGAAAUACCCAGCCGCACCACCAGAGACGCUCAAUCUCGAUCUUCCAGCAAUGGAGGGUUUGAUCGCUCCUUCUCAGUCUGGAGCAGCCGCUGGAUUCACGACGGACGCAAUCGACCGACUCUUCUCCGGUGAAGAGGGAGCAGGGAGAUACAUCGAUGUGUACGAGCAUCACUCGCGGUAUAUCAAUCUCAAGGGGGUCAGGAGAGUCAACUAUCUGACCUACCUGGAUAAGAUGCAUGUACUGGCCGAGAUUGAGGUCGACGUGAAACGACAAGACGGGUACCGCUCCUAUCUAGCUGGGUUGCGCAGCUACCUUGUUGAGUUCCUCCGAAAAAUAAGGCCACUCGACGAUGUGGACGGGAUGGUGGCAGAUGCGGAGGGCGUAUUCGCAGCCAAGUGGGAUCAGGGAGAGGCGGAAGGGUGGUCAGACCAAGGGAAUGCGUUCGCAACCUCCUCAGACCAGCCACAAGCUUCAUCGUCGUCGGGCCCGCGGCCGCCAAAUGCAGGCGCAGCAGAGGACGGCGGUGUGUGGUGCGACGCCUGUCAAAAGUCCUUUGCAAAGCAAACGGUCUUCGAUGGUCAUCUGAGCGGGAAGAAGCACAAGCAAGCUGUUGCGAGACGGCAGGGUACCAACGGCAGUGCCGCGAAUGGCAACAAAGGCUCACAAGAAGGCAAGAAGGCCGCGGCGGCCCGUGAUGCACUGCUAGCGAAGGCGAAGCAGCUCGCCCGCGACGAGGCAGUGAUCGUCGCCCUCGCUGAGGGCCCGUUGGCAACGCAUCGUGCCGAUACUCGCUCCAACGUGGAGCGUCGCGCAGCUCUUACUGAGCGUGAGCGCCAGGCCGAAGCGGAGGAGAUGGCUCGUCUGGCCGAGGGUGGCGGGGAUGCGGAAGAGCGCGGCGGCGGCGCAGAAGGUGUUGAUGGGGAAGGCUCUGACGAUGAUGGUGACGACAAGAUCUACAAUCCGAAGAAGCUUCCCCUCGGCUGGGACGGCCGACCCAUUCCCGUGUGGCUGUACAAGUUGCACGGGCUGGGCGUGGAGUACAAGUGCGAGAUCUGCUCUGACUUUGUCUACCAAGGACGCAAGAACUUUGACCGACACUUUCAGGAGUCUAGGCACGCAUUUGGCAUGCGCGCUCUCGGGUUGCCCAACACGAGGCAUUUCUGGGGCGUCACGAAGAUUGAGGACGCCGUGGAGUUGGCGGAGAAGUUGAAGAAGCAAGGCAAGGAGGGAGGGGAGGCGGCUCAAGGGCCCAGUGCGGUUGGUGGGGCGAGGGACGUGGAAGAGGUUGAAGACGAGAGUGGCAACACGUACUCGAGGAAGGAUUAUGAGCUGCUCAAGAGGCAGGGGUUGAUUUGAGGCGGACAAUGCCGUCCAGGCAGGCGAGCGAAGGAGACACGAAGCAAUGAAUGGAUUAUUCGAUGUCACAGCACAAGAUGGGCGAGCGCUCUGCAGCUCGACUCGUCCACGCAUUCCUCCUCGGCCCU